AUUCAACUGAGCAACCAAGCCGAUCGAUUUUCAAGUUGUAUGUGUCAGAGCUAACUAAGAAAAAUGAUGAAGUGAAGCUUCUAUUGACAGAGGAUUUAGAGGAAAACUUUCUCUCAGGCCUAGCUGAAGCAGCUCAGGGAAGGAUAACAAUUUACGAUGGCUACACUGAUUCCUGUAACUGGGAUGGCACUAACUGCAAUGCUGCUGAACGACUAAUCAAUGAUGUCAAAGCGUCACCUGUAGGCAAAGUUCCCAUCAUGAUCUGUAGUCUGUCUCCACUGCUUAUGCGCAGUUCGGCUAAUGUUUACCGCCUACUGCAUCUCCUGACAAGCUGCAAGGGGUGCCAGGUGGUCAUUGCUAAUGUACACAUUGACAUGCAUGAUGACAGCGUCAUCGUACAGCUCGAGUAUCUUGCAUCUACGAUCGUACGUGUUAAGCAAAAUAUGGAGUGCAGCACCCAGCACAAGAAACCUACGGGAAAAGUCAUUAAGAAGACUGAGGUGCUGACGAUAGCAGAUGAUUACAGUCUAGAUUCGUGCAAGGAGUUGGUUGCGUUGAAGAUGCCACCAGGUGGAACUACUGUAGCUGAACCGCCUAACCCAGCUGCCAAUCUUUCAUUUAGCCUCACUCUCAGGGAAACAGAGAAGGAAGCUAGAAGCCAACUUGUGCUGCUGUACACACAUAAACGCAGCGAUAUUGUGCCAGUGGUGCCAUCUGGUGGUCAGAUUUUCUACCAACCUGACGAAGCGGAUGAUUUUGAUGAAGAUGAUCCUGAUGAUGAUUUGGACAUUUAAUGUGGCAUACUACAUUAUCUGCUUGAACUCGAAUAAAGCAAGGACACACAAACUAUGUAACGGACAUUGCUAUAUCUUGUUAUAUAGUCGAUUAUGGUUAAUUUUCUCACAACCAUGUACAUAUAAUAUUAUAAACAUAUUAAAUUAUAUAUCGUUUUGCAUAAAACACG